AUGACCCCUUUUCAAGCUCUCUAUGGGAGGUCACCACCAAGUAUUCCAAACUAUCAAGUUGGAGUAUCUUCUGUGAAUGAGGUAGACCAGACAUUGGUAUCUCGAAAUGCCAUUUUACAACAGCUCGAGAUCAAUUUACAUGCAGCAGUUAAUCGAAUGAAACAAGUGGCAGAUUCAAAAAGAAAGGACAUGGAAUUCCAAGUGGGGGAUUUGGUCUUCCUUAAACUCCAUCCUUAUUGCCAGCAAAUUGUCUAUAGGAGGGCAUACCAAAAGUUAGCCAGUCGCUUUUAUGGCCCAUACCAAAUUGAAGAAAAGGUUGGAAAGGUAGCUUACAAAUUCAAGUUGUUUGAAGGUUCUCGAAUUCACCCUGUUUUUCAUGUUUCACUACUUAUAAGGCAGGUAGGGGAGACUAAGGCCACCAGCACUGAGUUGCCAUCCCUAACUGAUGAUGGUGAAAUUAUUAUGGAACCUGAAGCUAUUUUGAAUACUAGGUGGGUUAAGAAAGGGUCAAGUUUUGUUGAAGAAAGCCUUGUCCAGUGGAAAAAGCUUCCAAAAGAAGAUGCUAUGUGGGAAAAUACCUAG